UUUGUUUUGCUUUUGUGGUUUUUAAUUGAAAAAACAAAAGUUUACAUGUUUUGCGUUUGCAUUUAGCGUUUUGUGUGUGUUUAGAAAUAUUGUUUACUGAUUGUCUUAACAUCUAUAUUUAGUUUCAUUCUUCCAGCUUUAACAUUUAGCGCUAUUAUCAAGCGUUGCUGUAGUUUGGCAUUUACUUUUUUGCGUAUGCAUAAAUUAUGCAGCAUUAGAGUUAAUUGUUUGCUUUUACAUUUUCACAUUGUAAUGUGUUUGCGUUCAAGAUAACAUUAUGCGUUUGUGUCUUUUCUUUUUUUUAGUAACAUUGGCAUUUAGCUUUGUAGCUGUGUUUGAGUUAUCGAUUAUGUUUGUGCUGGCCGGCUUCAAUGUUUUGUAUCUGUGUUUGCUAUAGACUUUGCAUUUAGCGUUUAAACUAAAGUUUUUAUCUCUGUGUUUAUAUUUAACAUUCAUGUUUGCGUUAAACAUGUGAUUUCUGUUUAGCGUUUUUAAAAUUUAUAUAGUAAACUAUAAUAUACUAGAAUGUAAUAUUUGGCACCUAAAAAAUCCGGUAAAUAAUAUUUAUUGUUCAAACAAUGUUUUGAAAAUUUCCCCAAAUUUCAUUCUAGAAUAUAUUUUCUUAUUUGUUUUCAAUUUAGAAGAAAUUUAAACUUUUAUAGAUACUAGCAAAUAAAUUUUGAAAAAGGACAUGUCUGUUUUCUUUGGAAGAAAAUGUUAAACAAUUAAAAUUUGAGAAUUUAAUGAAAAUUGUGGAAUGCUAAACGAAAUAUGGGUUAUCUUACUCUAUAAUAUAAGAAGUGGAUCAGCAUCAAAAUUAGUAAGCUAUUUUAAUUUAAAAAGUCAAAUUGAACACUAUAAUAACUUUUUACUUUCUAAAAAUUUACACUAAAAUGAGCAUAAUUGGAAUGAGCUACUCCUGAAUUUUAAAAUUAAAGAGGUAUCAAGGGAAAAUAUCAUAUAGUUUGCUGACUGAUAUCAAGAGGGAAAAACCAAAGAAGGUCAUUACAAGAAUAAAAAUGGUUGGCCAGUAUUGAUUAGGAAGAUAAUCAACAUGUUGACCGCAAUGAAAGUUAGUCAAUGAACAGUUUUAAAAUAAAGAUUACAAAAUAACUAAAUCAUAAAAAGUGAUAUUCUCUCAAAUAUAAAUUCUAAUUUUCUUUUUAUGUGUAGUAAUAAUAAUUGUUAUAUUUUAAUGAAUAUGUAUGUAAAAAUUAUUGUUUAAUAUUUUUCUUAUAUAUUAUGGAUGUCACGUGUAUAGUUAUGAAAAUCAACGAAUUAGUGAAUGUUCAUGCAUUCCAAUUGUAAGAAAGCACUUAUGCCCUCUAUAUAUACUCGUUGAAAACGAAUAGAGCACAAAAACAAAAAGAAAGUAGAAAAGAAUAUGAAAUACUUGUGUCUUAUCGUGUUUUUAGCGAUUGUGAUCGCACAAAACUCUAGCUAUCUAGGAGUAAAAGCUGUAUCGAGUGAUGGGUUCGUGAGUAGGAAAGGCGUCCAAUUUAUUCUCAAUGGGAAACCAUUUUAUGCUAAUGGCUUCAAUGCCUACUGGCUCGCGUACGAAGCCACCGAUCCGACCACAAGGUUUAAGAUCACUUAUGUGUUCCAAAAUGCGACCAUUCACGGUUUGACCAUCGCCCGUACCUGGGGGUUCCGCGAUGGCGGCUACCGCGCUCUCCAAAUCGCCCCUGGUGUCUAUGAUGAAAAAACUUUUCAGGGUUUGGAUUUUGCGAUAGCAGAAGCAAAAAGACUCGGCAUAAAAAUGAUUAUCACCUUUGUCAAUAACUAUUCUGACUUCGGUGGGAGGAAACAAUACGUGGAUUGGGCUAAAACCACAGGCCAAAACGUAUCUUCAGAUGACGAUUUCUACACAAACCCUCUUGUUAAACAGUACUACAAGAACCACGUCAAGACUAUGGUGAACAGAGUGAAUACCUUUACCAAAGUUGCAUACAAAGAUGAACCAACCAUUAUGGGUUGGGAGCUUAUGAACGAGCCACAAUGCAGAGCAGAUCCAAGUGGAAAAACCCUUAUGGCUUGGAUUAAUGAAAUGGCUCCUUAUGUGAAAUCAGUUGAUUCAAAGCAUCUCCUCUCUACUGGUCUUGAAGGCUUUUAUGGUGACUCAUCUCCUCAAAGAAUGACAUCUCUAAAUCCAGUUGCAGCCAACGUUCUUGGAACUGAUUUCAUCGCUAAUCACAAUCUCGAUGCCAUUGAUUUUGCAUCGAUUCACUCUUACCCUGACUUAUGGUUUCCAAACUUGGAUGAGAAAUCUCGAUUGGACUUCUUAAGAAAAUGGCUCGUAGACCACCUCGAAGAUGCUCAGAACAUACUUCGAAAACCUCUAAUCCUAGGAGAAUUCGGGAAGCCAACGAACAUACCAGGCUACACUCAGGCUCAGAGAGACGCCGUGUUCAACGCAACGUUUGACACCAUUUACGAGUCUGCUCAAAAAGGCGGCCCAGCCGCAGGAGCAUUGUUUUGGCACGUUAUUAGCGAUGGCAUGAACAACUUUAAAGAUCCCCUCUCCAUUGUACUUAGUGAAAAUUCGACGACGGUUAAUAUUAUAACUGAGGAGUCACGAAAGCUGGGUUUGAUUCGUGGAAAAGGGUUAUCAAAAAAACUAAAAUUUAAAUAGCCUUCCUGUAAUAAUUUACCCCCUAUAACUUUGCAACGAUAAAAGUUUUAAAUUUCAAAAAUAAAA